AUGUGGACUAAGAAGACGAAGGGUGAUGAGGUUCCAUUUAGUUUAAUUGAAUCUGAGAUACUACCAAGAGUUGCGGCUAAGUCAGACAUAGGUCGUUGCAGGUGUGUUUGCAAACAGUGGAAAUCGUUUUUAUCGACACCUACCUUCGGCAAGAUGCACCUCCGGCUUCACGGAACCACCAUCGACGACUAUAAAGUUGUCAUACUUGACGGACCCACCUUAUGCACGCUUUGCCCUUCUAAGCCUAACCAACAAGCGUAUAUCUUAUCAAGCUUGGAUGGAUUGGUAUGUUUAGGCUUACCGGAAUCUUCUCAGCUAGUUUUUUGGAAUCCAUUUACAGGCGUCUCCAGGAAGUUGGCGUCUAACCCGCAUAGUCCUUUUGACUACUCUGCUUCCUGUCACGAUGCUGAUGUUGUCGGUUUCUACAAGGACUCUUCUUCUAACGAUUACAAACUUUUAUAUUUGUCUUGCGGGGGUUACUUUGGGGCUUAUAUCUAUUCCCACACAUCGGAUACAUGGAGAGAGAUCAAGAUUGAUUUUGAUGCUGAUAUCUGCGACGCUUGGUCUCCUGCUACUUUAUGUGGCCAAUGCCUUUAUUUCGCAGUGUCAGCUUAUAUACACGCUCAAAGGCAAAUGCAUUGGUGGAUUAUCUGUUUUGAUGUGGAGACCGAGACUUUUAGGAAAAUAUGUUGUCCCCCUCUUCCGGAUGAUGAUGAUAUUAGGAGUUAUUGUGCAACUUUAGUCCUUCUCAAUGGAUUCCUCCACCUGUAUGUAUCCUAUACCAUAUUUAUAAAUGACAUAUGCUCCAAGCAGUGCAAUCUGUGGAGGAUGAUGGACGCUGAUGGGUGGGUGAAGGUGGUUGCUUUCUGUGACCCACUAGAUGAGGAUAACUUUACUAUGCAGCAGCGUAUAUGCACAGCGAGUACUGGCAGUUGGCUUGCCGUUUUGGAUGAGGAUAACAAUUCUUUCACAAAGAUCAACUCUGAGGACUUCAUAACACACUAUCGCCAUUUUUCUUCUCCGAGUUUUGAGUAUACAUCUAGGCGAGCGAUAUAUGUUGAGACUCUUGUAUCACCAUAUCCCUGA